AUGCACAAUAGGACGCCGCGCUGCUAUCGGCGCCUUCAACCAUUGCUCAAACUAAUUGAUGCAUCUAAUUUAUCUCUCUCUCUCUCUCUCUCUCUCUCUCUCUCUCUCUCUCUCUCUCUCCUGAUUAAUUCAUCUCCAGAAAACCAAGAAAUAUUUCGGUUUGCAAACUUUCUUUUCUCUUUUCAUUUUUCUUUUUUUCUUUUCUUUUCAUUUUUCUUCUUUUUUUCUUUUCUUAUUUCUUUUCAUUUUUAUUUUUAUUUUUCUUCGUUUUUUCUUCUUUUUUUCUUUUCUUUUUUCUUUUCUUUUUUCUUUUCUUUUUUCUUUUCAUUUUUCUUCUUUUUUCUUUUCUUUUUUCUUCUUUUUUCUUUUCAUUUUUCUUUUUUCUUUUCUUUUUUCUUUUCAUUUUUCUUCUUUUUUCUUUUCAUUUUUCUUCUUUUUUCUUUUCAUUUUUCUUCUUUUUUUCUUUUCAUUUUUCUUUUCUUUUUCUUUUCAUUUUUCUUCUUUUUUUCUUUUCAUUUUUCUUUUCUUUUUUCUUUUCAUUUUUCUUCUUUAUUUCUUUUCAUUUUUCUUCUUUUUUCUUUUCUUUUUUUUUUCACACUAGAUUCCUGUCACCUCCUAUUCCGUCUCUUCUUUAUCCUUUUCUCACCCUUUUCUGCCCACACCGCAUUGUACAACUCCCUAUAUACCUUCUAUUUACCUCUUCUUUACCCUUUUUCCCUCAUGCCGAUAUCACCUCAUCUAACUCUGCUCGUUUCUCAUCUCACCUCCUCUUUAAAAUGUUAUCAUCCUUUCUUCUUCUUCUUCUUCUUCUUCUUCUUCUUCUUCUUCAUCAUCAUCAUCAUCAUCCCUCUAUUCUUUUCUUACCUCUUCCUCCCACAUCUUCUUUUCUACUUCAUAUUUUUCUUCUUUUCCUCUUCCAUUCCAUUUUCUUCUUCAUAUUUGUAA